AAAGAGUAAUUAUUUUUUGUUUUGUCCUGCAUCGUGAAGCUUUCGUCAGAACUAGUGCUUAUAAUUACAUUAUUCUUACUCUUCUCGUGUUUGUCAAGCGAAAUGACACAUGCUAAGCCCGACGACUUGACUUUGCGUCGUCUGCGUGAGUGCUGUACUCAGCUUCAUAGUUGCCUCUUGAUCUGGCGAGAGACCAAAGCAAGUGGGUUGAGAACGGCAACUACUAUUGUCAACGCCUCGCUAGCUCACUGCUCUGUGUCAAUCACUGCACUGCAAGCGCUAAAUGAUUCUGUUCAGACUCUGUGCAACUGUGUCAAGACCAUCUCAUCGCUGACAGGCAAUGUUCAAGCUGUGCAUCGAUUGGUUUGCAAAAGAAGUAGUCAACUUGGCCAUGUUGAGCAACCACUCUUCCACACCCUCAGCUCCCUGAAUUUCGUCUGUCACUUUGAACAGAUCCUGUCAGCUUAUAGCCAAGAGCUCUGCCUGUGCCAACUGUUGGCCAAUAAUGUGCAAUCCAAUGAUGCUCAAGCCCAGUAUAGCGAAGACAAGGAUACUCUGAUGACAUACCUCUCAGCAUGGAAGCACGAAAUUUACGUGACUGAGCAGACACGCCUGUUACUUGAAGCACUCCUGGUCGAGACUGAUUUACGGUGACCGGUGACAUGACAAACCCCACCAGCAGCAGCAACUUCGUGUACCGUAUGGCAACUUUCCCACGGUGUGUACAAGUACUCCCAUUUUGCUGUGCGGCAGGGUAUCUGCACAGAAGACCAGCUGAAGGUGCUUGUCAGCUCAUGUUGGGCAUGUGGUCAAGUCACGUGUAUGGUUGUUACUGGGCAAUGACACCUGUCCUGAGAUAGAUGGCAUCCACAUCGCCUUGCCCUUACGUCGUUCUGAACCUUCCAACGAUAAGCCUAAUAGUUACAAGCAUUGGCACCUACGACUAGGACAAUACUGGAGAGUUCACAGAGCUAUGAGCGAUGAAGCAGAAGACAUGAUUGUAGAUGCCACUGUAAGAAGUUGAUAGUUGGUACUUGCACUAGAAGAAAAGUACCAGCAGUUCUUUCUUUUUCUAUUCCUUAGCUGAUAUCUACAGACUAGUUCCAGCAGGAGUUCUAUUCCUUAGCUGAUAUCUAUAGACUAGUUCCAGCAUGAGUGCUGCAGUUGUUGUUUACAAAUUGUGCUUUGGUCUUGUAAUGUAUUUCCGUGCUAUAUUGCUUUACUUUGAAUAGCCUUGGUCCUCGGUUGCUCAUUGCUUGGAAGCCCCAUCUAUCCAGUCACCAUUAUAACAUGAUAUGUAACUGUUUACAUGUAUAUUAAAUGUGGAAUAAUGUACAUUGGUGCAAUGUUGCACUUUCUGCAUAAAGAUGACUGCGGCUUAUCUUAGGAGACUGAAGUGAUUAGCGAACGUGUGAUAACAAUGCAAGAGCUCAGUGCAUGUAUCCAUAUAUAUAUAUAUACAUGCAUUUGUGUUGAAGGGCUACUGUUCAGCUCUGCAAGAUUGAGACAGACAUCUGCAAGAUCUGCUAAUAUCAAUACUUCAACGGA